UCUCGAGAUACACACUUCAUUAACACAGUGCAUAGUCACACGUCUACUACGAUCUCAAGCCGUUCGACGAUUUUUUAAAAACCGGACCCGAUAUUUUUAUUUUAGCCGAACACGAUUUUUUCUUAACCGGACUCGAUAUUUUUUGAACCGGACUUACGCGCGUGUGUGUGUGUAUGUGUGCGCGUGUGAAAAUCCCCCCUUUGGUUUUCCGUCUCGUCUCGCCGCUGGAGUUGGAACCAUGAGGAUCCAGUACAGCGACCACCUCAAGGAACGCGCGUCGCUGCUGCGUCUCGGGAAGGAGGAGGAACAGGUGGAGCAGGCGGAGGAGGUGGAGGAGGUGGAGCAGCCGCGUCCGCCUCAGCCUCUUCGGGGGUUUCUCCACCACCACUACCACCGCCACGUCCGCGAGGGCACUCACGCCGCCGGGGAGGAGGAGGAGGCAGCGCGGACCAACGCCGUCGGCUGGUUCAUUUCCUCGCCCUCGUCUUCCUCGUCGCCUUCCUCGUCCGCCUCCACGCCUUCGUCGUCUCCCCGCGGGGCUCUCUCGGACGCCAUGAGCUGGUGGAACGGCUACAGGAGGAGCUCGCCCUUGGACAGGGGACUGCGGAACAGCAAGGUAAUGAACGGGACGCCACGAACGGAACGGCGGAGCGGAGAGAUAAAGUGCGUGUGCGUUUGUGUGUCAUUGUGGAAGGACGUGUAACUAUGUAUAAGUGUAAACCAGUGUUAGUGAGCGUGAGUGUCCGUUCGCCAGUGCAAAACAAACCGAGACGGACGCAUUUUUACUCUCUCUCUCUCUCUCUCUUCUCUCCCCCCCCCCCUCUCUCGCGCCAGUUCCGGGUGGGCGUUUCCAUCUCAUUGCGUAUAGUUGUGCGGACACUGGCGGAGGGGGAGGGAGGGAGGGAGGGAAAGAAAGAGAGAGGGAGAGAGAGAAGAGAAGAGAAGAAAAGACAAGAAAAAAGAAGUGAAAAAAUAAAAGAGAAAGAAAGAAAGAGAAACAAAAAAAAAGAAAGAAAAAGAAAAAGGAAUCGGAUAGAAAGAAAGAGAGAGAGAGAGAGUGUGUGAGAGACAGAGGGAGAGGGACUAUUUUUAGCAUCGGAGAGUUGUUGCUGUUGCGGAUAUCUGUGUCGUCUUUAUGCGGGUUUGUGUGGCUUUAUUGCGGCUCUGUGUGUGAUGGCGUUAAGCGUCGGGGUUAUUUCGGUUGUGUGUGUUUAGAGGUGAGUGAUUUAUUGCCUUUUUAGGUUGGGAUGUGAAGGGAAAAUUUGUUUCUGUG